AUGAUCGAGAAGUCCGACAAGAUGCCGUGGUACAAGGGCCCGACACUGCUGGAUGCGCUGGACAUGCUGGAGCAACCGGUACGCCUGGUUGACAAGCCGCUUCGGCUGCCGCUGCAGGACGUGUACAAGAUCGGAGGUAUCGGGACGGUGCCCGUGGGCCGCGUGGAGACAGGCGUGAUGAAGCCCGGCGACGUUGUGACCUUUGCGCCAGCCAACGUGACCACGGAGGUGAAGUCGAUUGAAAUGCACCACGAGACCCUUGCGGAGGCUGUCCCCGGCGACAAUGUGGGCUUCAACGUGAAGAACGUGUCGGUGAAGGAUAUCCGCCGUGGUAAUGUCUGCGGUAACAUGAAGGACGACCCGCCGAAGGAGGCCGCGGAGUUCACUGCGCAGGUGAUCAUCCUGAACCAUCCUGGUCAGAUCACCAACGGUUACGCGCCCGUUCUGGACUGCCACACGUGCCACAUCGCGUGCCGGUUCGCCGAGAUCGAGUCCAAGAUUGACCGCCGCUCUGGCAAGGAGCUGGAGAAGAACCCGAAGAACGUCAAGUCGGGUGACGCCGCGCUUGUGAAGAUGGUGCCCCAGAAGCCGAUGUGUGUGGAGAUGUUCAGUGAGUACCCACCGCUCGGCCGCUUUGCCGUGCGUGACAUGCGUCAGACGGUCGCCGUUGGCAUCAUCAAGGCUGUGACAAAGAAGGACAGCGGCGCCGGUAAGGUGACAAAGUCCGCCUCGAAGGCCAGUAAGAAGUAA